AUGUCGGGUCGCAAUUCGAACCACGGUACCGAAAACGGUGCUGGGCACGAAUCAACUCGAGAACGAAUAAACAACCCUCGAACCGCCGCGUCCAUUACCCCUACGAGCGAUCAGCAACAGCAGCAGCAGGAGCAAGAGCAGGAACUCGCACCUCUCCCGGAGAUCGACAACGCCACCCAUAUCGUUGUUGAGCACCAUCGCGCAGGAACUGUCAGGACCCAUGUCUAUUGUUCCAAGGACGGCAAGCCCUCCCUCCUGGGGCAUGAAAUCCCUGAUACCACCGCCAUCGCCAACAAUAGCUUCAAGGAAGUCUUCGAGUCGGGUCUGGAAGAUAAGAUGAAAGCCCUCAAGACCUUGGUCAAGGAUUCCUUGGACCAGACAACAAAGGCUUCACUCGACACGGUCGACUCCUUGAAACUCGCUGUGGUUGAGAGCGAGGAACGGUUGAUGGCUCAGGUCUCCCUUGCCACCACAAAUGCCAUCGAGCAGCAGAUCAAGACGGAUGUCGUCCCUAAGCUUGACUCUAUCGAACGCCUCCUUCUGGCGGGUGGGGUGAAUAGGAAGAAGGAGUCGUCGGUUCAGUCAGGUACUACUUCCCCACACUCGGAACACUCUGGUGCUAGCUUGGAGCCUUUUGACCGCCGUCUGCCCCCAGACCAAGAGCCACCUGGGGAGAAUGCUGAGGCUGACGAAGAGCCCAACGAGCACGCUGGCGCCAACACCACCACGGCGAUGGCGGUCUUGGAGAGGCUGAGCUCUCAAAUGGAUGACCUCUGUAGGGUCGUAAUCGACGGAGAUACUUCACUAAGCAACGCCCAGGAGAACUUGGACCCCGAGAUGGCUGCCCGAGUCGAAGCCAUGCAAGAACAGCUGUUGUCGAUGUCUGAACCCGAGCCCGCUGAGCCCGCCCAACCCCCAGUCCCUGACCGGAUCGAUGAGCUGCUUCAAAUGGUGACCAGGAACCAAGAGACCCUUGAGGCGACUGCUGCGGCUGCGACUGAGCUCACAGUGCAACAGGAACAGACCCGGAAGGAGGAUGAUGAGGCUUGGAAGACUUCGCUGAAAGAGUUGCUGGCAUCUCACCAGACUGGUCCUGGUGGGUUUGACGCCAAUCUCCUUGCACUCGAGAACGGGUUCAAGAACAUGGAUGCAGGAUUUCAAGACUGGACCAAGACUCACCGCAUGUCCCUAAAUGUCUACCUCAAAUACAUGUACAUGGUGUUCAAGAGCACCAAGGGUGUCGAAAUUCGUAUCGAGUCCGCCCUCGAAGAUGUCCGAGCCCAAGCCUUGAUGGAACCCGAGCGCCGUGCAGAGUUCUCCAACUACCUGCAGGCCAUACGCUCCGAUAUCUUUGUCGUUCUCAGUACACUCCCCGAGUCCAUCGUCAGCGCCAUGAAGCGAUCGCAAGAACCUGUCAUCCCCGAAGGAUUGCCUGAGGGAAGAGAAAAAGCUAUCGAUUCCCAGCCUCUUAUGGACCGAUCUGGCCCAGGAUCGGAUUCUGCAUCUUUGGCGCCGGUUAGAUCGAUUGUCGCGACUGUUGCUGUGGAAGUCACUCCGCCCGAUGCAGAUGUCGUACCCGUUGUUGAGGCAGAGCUGCCCAAGUCUGACCCUGCGAUCGAAAGGCUGGUUCUCACCGUCGAGAGCAUUCGAGCCAGUAUUGCUUCCAUGGUCGAAAAGAACAGUGAGCUGGUUGCCCCGCCUACCCAGGCCCCUAUGCCAACAUCUCGCGAUAUUCAGGACUCUGUUAUUGUCGACCCUGAGGCUCCUGAACCCCCACCCCGCGAACCAACUGUUGGCGACCGAUUGAGGGCUGUUGAGGAGCAACUGGCCACCGCCGCGGCUAGAGCCGCCACUGCCGAGAUCGAGGUUCCUAUUGAAUUUUCAGUCACUGCCGCCGGUAGAGACCCUGUCAGGGCUCCUCUACCACCUCUGCCUAUUCAAAGAGGUAAUCCCAACCCAGGUCCUUCGCCCGGCUACCUUGGUCAAUCAGAAUCGGCCGCCGCUUUCACUACUGCAGCAGCUGCAAAUGCGUCUGACCCGUAUGCCGACGAAUCCAAGACCGAGAUUGUUGAAGAACAAGGUCCCAGCCAAGCAGUCGAGGAGAUAACUGCCGCAGCCUUCCUUCCCCCUAGACCCGACUUUCUGGAGGAACUCGAGUCAGUGAGCAAGAGUCUUACUGAACUGUUGCACAUUAUUAGCGAAGGUCAGACACACAUGCACCAGGAGAUGCAGCGCGAGUUCCUCAGAGUCAUCCAUACGAUAAAAUCCUCAGAGACCGAGGAGGACCGAGCCCAGAAGGCUGAAGUCGAGAGAAGGGCGCGUAUUGGGGAGAUAGAUGCUGAGCGGUUCCAGGUUGCCGAGGAGAAGCGGAUCAAGGAGGAGCAAGAAGCUGCCUACAAGGCCGCCGAGGAGCGAACCUUGGCCUUGGAUCGUAUCUCGAUGAUCCCCAAUUUGAUGAACUCGCUUGAGGGCGUCAACUAUCAUCUGGGACAAAAGUCGGACAAUGCGACGGCUGAGAUCAGGGAGAGGCUGAAUGUGCUCAACACAGGUACUGCUGUUGUCGAGGGUCACGUUGUCGCGUGUUUGAACAAGGUUCAGCUCAUUGUCGAUGGUAACAUUCAGGAUUCGUCUGUGCUUAACGAAAUCAAGUACCAGAUCGAGGAGUUUGAUGCUAAGCUGGAGAGGACGAUUAGGAACGACGAUGACGCGCUGAAGGUCCAAGUUGCCGAGGCGAUCAAGAAGACUGAGGAUGUCAUUGUCCUGGUCGAGGAUGUCAAAAAGAUCAGCGAAAAAUCUCUGUCCGUCCAAGAAGAGCUUCAGAAGCAGAUCGGAGAGUGGCACCAGAAGCAGGACGAAGGGAUUGAGGCCCUUGGGAUUAAACAUGGAGAGUCGUGGGAGGUCUGGCACAAAAAGCAUGACGAAGAAUGGCAAGCCUGGAAACAGACUCACGAAGACUCGAUUGGCAACCUUAUCAACCUUCACGACCGCAAGGACCUUUCUUUCCUCGAACAUGUCGAGGCCAGACGAGGACACCACGAAGAGCUGCAAGGGUGGCACAAGAUCCACGACGACCGACUUGAGGAGCUCGAGAGGCACCGUUGCCACUGCUGUAUGCCUGAACCCCUCCCUGACUCCGAUCCCGCAGUCGAGGCUGAUGGCCAGAGUGUUACCGGUGGUACCGCCCCAUGCGCUCGCACGAUUGACUGUUGUGGUGGCGAUGUCGGUGAUAUUAAUCCCUGUACCCGUCGCGUCCGUGAGCUCCUUGAGGAGUUCCUGAAGCAAAUUCUUCCAGGCUAUGGCCCUGAGACCACCACCGUUCUACCCCAUUCCACAUCAGGUGCCAUCGCUUCCGAGCUUCGAGAUAUCGAAGGCACCGGUGUUGAGGGUGACCCAACUGAAGACAGGCCAACUUCACCUGGCCUCUCUUUCACGACCAGGAACACGUCUGGGGUCAUUGUCCCUGAACCAAGCAUCCACGCUACUACCAUUCAUCCUACUGACUCCCUUCACCCUGACGUCAUCCCGCGAGGCGAGGCUGCGACCUAUCACGGUGCUGUCGAUCCUCUUCUUGAGGGUACUAAUGUCGCAGAAGCGGCCCAUGUAGCUACCGAAGAUCCUGCUGAGGGAUCGGCAGAAGUUGUUGAGCGAUCUUUACCCACCCCUUCGAUUCAAGUCCCACUCCCUCAAGCGCUGUACGACCUGUUGCGCCCCUUCUUCCACCCAGAGUCAGAUGUCCUCGUUACCCGAACAAAAGAGCUUGAGGAUCUCCAGAGCAUGUUUAAGAGUUCCGAGAAGGAGUGGCAGGAUAACGAAGACCGGCUGUUGACGACGAUUAAGGAGCAAAAUCGAGAAAUAGGAAAGCUGAGGCAGCGGAUGGAUCAGAUCCGAGUGGAUCUUGACAGUGCCACUCAAGAGACUCUGAAUCUCUGCAAGAUGGGCUUGGGUUUGAAGCCAGAUCUGUCGAGAGUGGCCCCUGCCCCUGCCGUCGAGUCGAGCGACGAAUCAUCUGACAAUGCUAGUGAACAUUCAGAAUCCCCGCAGCCAGAGAUGAUCCCCCACCUGAGUCUCAUGUCCGAAGCCUCUGCUUCCCUCCGCCAGGCCCUCGACGAGACCUCGGCACAGAGGGGAGUCAUUCACGAGGAGAUCUCAAUGCUUGAGAACAAGAAGGAACUUCUCUUGCAGGAGGUUGCCAUCUUGGGGCGACAGUGCUUCGAGUUGUCGUCCACACCUACUCCAGUGGCUGCUGCUGCCAUUGCCCCCCAGGUGGAAACUGUAGCUGAAGCGCAUUCUCAAGGCGACGGUCCUGAGACCAGGGAGCCGGUAGAUGAUGACCAUGAUCCAGAAUAUGUGACAGAGGACGAGAACGGACGCUCGCGCGGUCGCGGCAGCCGAGCAAAUCGAUCCCGACCCCAGUCCGUCUUGGGCGGCAACGCUAGUGUAGGAGGCGUUAGUAUAACUCCCACCGGAAAUGUCCCAGGUUCACGAGCCAAUGUCGCCACUAGUGCCCGAAGCAAUCGCGACCAGAAACGCCAGGCCGUCUACCGACGAGGACACUCCCGAGCCCGAGCCAUGGAAUCUUCGUCGUUGUAUCUGCAGGACCGCGUUCCUCAGUUGGAGGCAGAUGUGAAGAUCUGCCAGGAUGGGGUUCAGUCCGAGACGUUGUUGUCGUCCAAGACGGUGUUGACGGAUGAGCAGUUUGAGCGGAUUCGGUCGUCGCGUGCUGAGGCAGGGAUUGAGCAGAACACGGAUGAUGUCUGGUCGCUCAAAUUUGAUGUCCGCGUCAAGAUGGUCCCGAAUCCUUAG